CAAUAAAGCAAGUUCUGUUUCUGUGUCCGACACUCCGCCUCCGACUCCUUUUCUCCGGCGCUACAGUAGCACUAAUUCGGUUUGCAAACAGCUGUUACGCGUGAAAUAGAAGAAAAAGAUGUAACCAAUGGAGCACACAAAGCCGAGGCAUGUGCAUAGUUAUUGAUUUGGAUAAAGAAAAUAAAGAUAACACAUUAUACGACUCUGGAAGACGGAAUAGCGUUCCACAGUUUUUUUUUUUUACUUGUUCUUUUUCAAACCUUAACUAUUUAUAGAACACGCUUUAGCAAUUAUAGUAAACUUAACCUGAUAACAGUCGGUUGAGAAAUUAACAAUUUACGCCUUAAUUUCAAAACCCGUGCAUCGCUUUUGAGGGGAAACUCGCCCCUGUCAAUAUGGCCGGUAGAUAGACACUUCAUAUUCCUUGACGUGUCUACGAAACCCGGGACCCUUGAAUAUUCGCCUCGGCGCAACAGGAAGUAAGGUUUUUUUCUUUUUGUCCUUUUCAUCGUUUUCUGCUCGUAGUGCUUAAAAAGUGAGAGGAUAUCCCGGACAUGGUUUAACUUUUUGUCAGCAUGUACUCCACCAGCCCUGUGAGUGACUUCGUAUCUCCGGAGUCAACAGUGACUACGCUUUUGUCAAGCUCUGGAGACUUUAGGACCAACCUGUUAUCACAAGAGUUCAACUCAACUUUCAGAUACAGAGAUAAGAUAUAUGAGUCAGCCUCGGCAGCUUUGGAUGCCUACAUUGCAGACUUUGACACAGGUCUGCACACUGAGUCACCAGGAACCCUGAGUCUGCCUCUGCCACAAAUUCCAUUGUCCACACCAAGAAGACCAAGAAUGAGCACACGAAGAAACAAAUAUGCUCUCAAGGAAUGUUUAACUGACAGCGAGUUGGAUUUCCUGACCCUCCCUGUCAGUUCCCUCCGUCACCGUGAUAACUAUGACAGACAUUCAAUGACAACUGAUGAACUGCUGUCCAUCCCCCGUGAUGGUUCCAUGCCUGUCACCCACACAACUGCCUUUAUCCAAGGUUGCCUGUCUAAGUCUCUACCUUCAUCCAAGCCAAGGUGCACUGAAAGGAAUAACAUAUCCCACUUAAAUUUAAGCAGGAACUGCAGCCAAUCCAGGUGUAAUCAAGAUCCUGAAGUUUCCACUUUGAAACAAGAUGUCCCCUUUGUCAGAUGCUUAACAUGUGCACACAGAGCAGUGAGGUCAGAGCAGGUAUUGCCCGUUCCUCCCGUCUGUGGCCCGUCUUCAUUGCCCUAUUUACCACGCAGGGUCACUAGGAACAAGGCAGACAUGGGGCACACUGGAAUCAGUAAUGUGUCUGCCUGGAUCCAAGACUGUGAGCCAUUACCCCCACCAGAGGUCUACUUCUCUGACAGGCUUGGUGUUGUCCCAUCAGAGGGACCAAGAAGCAGACCACCAUCUUUAGUAGACACAAAAAAUGAUGCUGGCAUGGCACCUAAUCAGGUUGACACCCAACAGAAUCUGAAAGACCUGACACUCCACUUUGCUGAACAGAUAUCUCUGAUUGCCUCAGACAGAAAGAGCUCAGACUUCUCAGAAUUUCUUUCAAAAGAUAAUCGGCUGGAGUCACUGAUCCAAAAAGCAGAUCAAGUGCUGAACUCUCUAUCUCAGAGUUUUAGAGGAGCAGAAACUCUUUCAGAUUCGGUUUGCAGUGAUUCUGUGAAUCCAUUGAAUAGUGAAGAAAUCCACCUGUCUUCGAUUUCUCAGGGUCCCUUGCUCCCUACAGACUUGACAGGCGAUGCAAACAGCAUUGAGGCUCUGUUGGAGGAAACUCCCCAGACACAGGAUUGCAGUCACAAUGGUAGCACCAACUGUAAGCAACCAGGUCCAUUGGAGGCUCUGAAACAAAUUAUGUUUAGAAUGCAGGCUGUGGAGGCAGAGCUUCACAGACAACAGAAAGCACCAAUUGCUACAACUUGCAAUAAGGAAACUCUUGGGAGGCCCGCAAUUGAAGCACAACAGACUUUAUCUGGUGCACCAUCACUGCAAAGGGCUCUGCAUCACCUCAGUCGCUUGAAACUGCUGUUGGAGGAACCAAGAAAAAAGCAUAAUGAAGAGGAGAAGGAUAUUGAUGAAGGAUGAUAUUCUUCUUUGUCUGCUGACAAACUCAUCACUUCCCAACAGUAUUGGCAUUAAAGAUGGGAAAACCUGUCAGAUGGAUAUUCGUGGACGCUGGAGGUUCUCACUGUCGUUUCAUAGUUUCACUUUAGUUUUACUUAUGUUGAGGAACUGUUGUUGCCAAAAGGAGCAGAUGAAUGAAUGUUUUUUUUUUCCCCCCCAUUUGUUUCAGAUGAAAGUGCAAUACAACACAGCAGGUGAUACCCAUCAGUACACAAGUGCAUCAUACCAAAUGUGUAUUGAAGGCAACAAAGUGAUAAAACAAUCUGGUCUGUAAAUGGAAUAAUAAUAUUUUGAAUGCAUAACUACACUGAGGUGAAUUAUUUCAAUGUACAGUAAGUGGGUUUGUUCAGCAGAGAUGUAACCUUUUAAAAAUCCUUUUGUACAUAGGUUAAAAUACAUAAAAUAGCAUUUCCCAGCCCACCAUUAAAGUGGCAGUUUUUUAAAUCCUAUUGUUUAUAUGUAUUGGUUUAUUAUUUCAACUAUAUAUUUAUCCAGGGCGCUGCAUGGUGGCACAACUAGUUAGAGCGUUGCCCUCACAGUUUGGAGGACUGGGGUUCAAUCCCGGCUCCCCCGUGUAGAGUCUGCAUGUUCACCCCUUCGCUGCAUGGGUUUUCUUCGCCCACUCCGGCUUCCUCUCACAUCCCAAAAACGUGCAUUAAUUGGACAUGCGAAAUUGCCCCUAGAUGUGAUUGUGAGUCCAACUGUUGUCCGUCUCCAUGUGCCCUGUGAUUGGCUGGCAACGAGUUCAGGGCCCACCCCACCCACCAAAACUUCAUACUUUUCAGCAGCAUGUUGGCAUCCAUAGAUUCAGAUGAAUCAACAGAAUCUUUCAUAAUGUCGAAGUCCAAAUAAUUCAUGAGCUGAACAGUAAAUUGUGGUCUACAGUUGGACGCCCCAAAACUAAUUUAUAUAGGCUUUUAGGUUUAUUUUUAGCCAGUUAUUUAAAAGAUAUACUGUGUAUGUAAGCUUGUUCCUUGGCAAAUCCAAGGACCCCUGAAAGGAAACGGCAACAUUAAUCUACCUACUACUACAGUGAAGAAAAUAAGUAUUUGAACACCCUGCUAUAUUGCAAAUUCUCCCACUUAGAAAUCAUUCUGAAAUUUUCCUCGUCGGUGCAUGUCCACUGUGAAAAAGAUAAUCUAAAAAGAAAAAUCCAGAAAUCACAAUGUAUUAAUUUUGAUACGGCUGCAAAUAAGUAUUUGAACACCUGUCUAUCAGCUAGAAUUCUGACCCUCAAAGACUUGUUAGUCCGCCUCCACCUCCAAUCCAUGUAUUAUCCUGAAUCAGAUGCACCUAUGUGAGGUCGUUAGCUGCAUAAAGACACUUGUCCACCCCAUACAAUCAGUAAGACUCAUACUUGUAACAUGGCCAAGACCAAAGAGCUAUCCAAAGACACCAGAGACAAAAUUGUACAACUCCACACGGCUGGAAAGGGCUACGGAGAAAUUGCCAAGCAGCUUGGUGAAAAAAGGUCCAGUGUUGUAGCAAUCAGAAAAUGGAAGAAGCUAAACAUGACAAUCGAUCUCAAUCGGAGUGGAGCGCCAUCCAAGAUAUCACCUCGUGGGGUCUCAGUGAUCCUUAAAGGUGAGGAAUCAGCCCAGGACUACACAACAGGACUUGGUCAAUGACCUGAAAGAGCUGGGACCACCGUUUCCAAGAUGACUGUUGGUAAUACACUAAGACCUCAUGGUUUGAAAUCAUGCAUGGCAUGGAAAGUUCCCUUGAUUAAACCAACGCAUGUCAAGGCCGUCUUAAGUUUGCCAAUGACCAUUUGGAUGAUACAGAGGUGUCAUGGGAGAGUUUUGUGGUCAGAUGAGACCAAAAUUGAACUUUUUGGUAGGGGUGACCUAGGGAGCAGCCACAGGCCAUGACAGGAAAGCCCCAAAGGCAAGCGGUCAUCUCCCAUGGCCCAGAUUCAGGAGUACCGCCAUGAAGCAGUCAUUGCCCCUACCCUCUGUACUGCUGUACCCACCACCGCCCCCUGAGUGGUAUGGCACAUUAAAAUCUGCAGAGGCCAGUGAAGGAGGGGAGGAUUACAUUGUAUAAUCGGUCGACAGCCUCCACCUAGAGUCCUAUCUUAUUUGGUUGACCUCAGCAUCUGUUAAUCUUAUGUUUUGGACCUGUGCAGUGGUCAUCCAUCCAUUGUUUUAGCUGCUUAUCCUCACAAGGGUCAUGGGACUUUGCAAUGUCAUUGCUGAAAAUCCUUGUGAGGUGGAUCACGAGUCAGUCAUGCUCGUUCGUUGAAUACAGAAGAUUUUCAAUAAAUUUGCACAACUGUCUGAAAAUGUUUUUACUUUGUUAUUACAGGGUAUUUUAAGUAUAUAUUUUCUAAAAAUGAAAACUACUCAAAUAAGCUUUAGAAUAAGUCUAACAGCGAAGUGUGGAAAAAGUGAAGGGGCGUGAAUACUUUCUGGUGGCACUCCAUCCAUCCAUCCAAUCUUAUACACAACACUUCUAAAACAUCCCUGGGAUGUGCAAUGAUUUUAAUUGUUGUAAUUGUUGAAUU